UGAUAGCCUACUUUUAGAUGCUCAUUUUACAUGAAGGUCUUCAAUUAAAAAAAAUGUUGAAGCUUUACUGUUAAGGUUUCAGCACCGGUGUCAGUAUCAGAAAAGAAAAGGUGGUAUUUUGCCAUCUCUAGUACAGAUAUUUGGUAUUUGUCAGCCAUGAUUGAUUUACCUGCCGCUUGUAAUUGUGGAAGUGUUCACCCUAAUCCUUCGGCCCCUGUGCAGUGGUUACACAGCAGUUGACAGGAGCCCACAAAGAAAAUGGUGCAAAUAUUUGCGUUGCCUCCCAUGAGGGUUUAUAACUGAUCAACUGGAAUAUCUGGCAUGAAACAUGGAACAUAUCAAGAGAUUAAUACAUAAAAUCCUAAUCCUUUUCAAUCCUCAAACAUUUUGAAACAAGCCUACACACCUGUAACAAGAUUCCUUUCUUUUUCUACUGCAGUACAUGUUCCAGAAUGUUUUGCCUGUCUUUCAUGACCUGUUAGCUAACAGAGCAAGAGUGCCUUCUCAAUAGACAGCACAUAAAAGAUGGUGUUGUGUUUGCUGUAUCACAUGACAGGAGCUCUGGUCCUGGGAGUUCUACAGCGGGUGGACACCAGCGCACAAGAAAGGCCUGUGUAAAAUAAUCCGGAAAAAUGCGCCCUUAUUCUCACACACAUAAAAUAUAGGCCAUUUCUCUUUUUGUGUGUGUGUGUGUACACCUUGUACGUGUUGCCUGGGUGUGAUUUCAUGCUUGAAUGCAGUUUGUAUACAUUGACCUGUUUCUGAGUGAUUUAUAGAGAACUUAAUGAGGUCACUGCACCUAUGGAUAAGAUAGCAUCAGUGACCAGAUUUGAGCAAAAGGAGAAAUGCUUGCGCACCACCUAGCAUUCAAACGGAGUCCUACAGCGAUGCAUAUAACAGUCUGACAAAACGUUAAAGGGUCCAUGUCCCGUAAUUUUACUUUUUACUGGAUUGUUUCCACUAAUGACGCAUGUACUGCUUGUGUCCAUUUUCCAGCCUCUCUUUAUACCUCAGAACUAAACAAGCUGUUUUUUGUUACUGUGCCUUUAAGACUAAUAUAUGUAAACGAGAUCUGUGUUGAUUAGCAGCUCUGAAUUGUCUAUUGUUCAAAACGCAGGCUAGGCUGAAACACUACUAAUAGCUUGAGUGGCAGAGCUAAACUGCUAUAGGCUGAACAGAUGGACACUCGAUUUUUGUGACCUCAUAAAAAUAAUGAAUUCAUAAUGGUGUGUUUACAGCUUAAUUUCCAUAUAUAGACCAUAUAGACUGGGGAGUGGAUUGUACAUUUUGAAGCUUUAACAGUCUACAUUUUACAUUGAUAUUUCAAAAAAUGCGGGGAAAUUCAGUUUUCCAUGAAAGUGGCUCUCAAAAGGCACUGAUUCCAUUGUUCAUAGAAAUAUGAAUACACAAAAUACAUUACAUACUAAACAUGCACACCAUAUUCUGUAUUCGAAAUAUAAAUGCAUACUGUGUAAUAAUGCUUAGUACAUUUUAUAGCUGCAUACUAUGUACUACAGAAGCAUACUACAUACUAAUGAUGCAUGCCAUGUGCUACGUAAUAAUGCAUACUACAAACUACAGAAGCAUACUGCCUGCUAUGUAGUAAUGCAUACUGCUUUUAUAAAUGCAUACUUCAUGCUAGAUACAUACUACAUACUAUGUAGUAAUAGUACAGAAGCAAACAUACUGUGUAAUAAUGCAUACUACAUUUUAUAGAUGCAUACAACAUACUACAAGUUCAUACUUGAUAUUGCAUAAUAUACAUAGUAAUACUGUUAUAAUACAUAUUAAAAAUGAAUACUGUGUGCUAUGUUAUAUGAUAGGAAAGAAGAAAACAAGUGAACUGUUUAUUCCGAAGUGAGGGGAUAAACAAGUAGAAUACACAGGGUACGGUGAAUGAAGAAAUGAGUGCACACAAUAGGGUGUAGUGUGUGAGAAAGCAAGUGAAUGUAGUAAGGAAGAAAACAAGUGUACUAUGCAUGGCAUAGAAAGUGAAGAAACAAGUAAACUAUUGCAAAUACAGCUGUUCUUCGUUUACUACUUCUGAUGGACGAAGCUGUAAGCCAAGGGCAAAUGCAUUUAGGCCACAGUGAGGAAAUGAAUGAACCACAGGGUGUAGAGAGUAAGAAGACAAGCAAACUAUAGAGGGCACAGUGACUGAAGAAGCGAGGUAAACCAUAUAGGGUGUAGUGACUGAGGAAAGAAGUGAGCAGUCCAAGGUGUAUUAGGGGAGGAAAUGGGUACCCUACGUAGGGCACAGUGAGUGAAAAGAAAAGUGGACCACUGUGAAGGCAGUCCUGCAAUACCCCCAAGAGAAAUGCAUUUACAUUGUGUUGAGUAAAUGAGUGAACUAUAUAUGAUGCAGUACGGGAGGGAACAAGUGCACUAUGUAGGGCAUAAUGAGUGAAAAAAUCCGUGAACUGUGUAGGCCAUAGUGAGAAAACGACCAUUGCUAAGACAACCUUCCUGCGUCCAAAAGCAUACUACCAUACUAAAUAGUACUCAAGUACUCAGUAGUGCACAACCAUUAGUAAGGCAUUCAUUAGUACAGUAUAUAGUAUAGUAUACUCUUAAAAGAGAUGGUUCUUCAAGGGCUCUUCAAAGAACCGUUUGCAUGCUUAAAUGGUUCUUUGCCUGGUGGAAUGGCCCUUCAGAUUGAUGGAGAAUGAGCUGUAUAUAUGUAUUAUAUAUGUGUUGUAUGAAAAUGGUUCUGUAUAGAACCAAAAAGGGUCUUUCUAUUGGUACGAUGCCAAACUUAUGACAAUAGAGGAACCCCUUUUGGUUCUAUAUAGACAUUCUCCAUCAAUCUGAAGAACCAUUUCACCAUGCAAAGAACCAUUUAAGCAUGAAAAUCCAUGGUUCUAAACAGAACCAUUGCCUUUACUAAAGAACCCUUGGAGAACCAUGUUUUUAAGAGUGUAGUGGAUGUGGAUUUGGGCGCAGCCUGUCUGGUUGUCUGCUGUCUCAGUUUGGCCACUAGAGGGAAACAGAGAGGCUUGUUGCCUUCUGGGCUGUGACGCUGUUUAGAGGAGACGGAGAGUGUCUCAGUCUGACACCGCCACAAAACCGUCUUCCAGCUGGUCAAACUGAGGGGUUUACUAUCAUCUGAGAACGGUGAUCGGAUAAAGACCCUCACUGUCAGUCAGCCAGUCCGCCGUUUAAACAGGGAUCGGCCUCGUUUCUGUCGUCUGAGCUCUUCUCCAGCGGUGAGACAUGCACGGACGAGUGAAGGUAAAGUCCACGGCUCAGCAGGAGGAGGAGAAGAGAAAGGAGAGAGAGAAGAAGCUGAAAGUGUACCUGACUGUUCGUGAUGCUAUUUUCAAAAAGAGGAGUGAUGGUGAACUGGAUGAUGAAGCGCUCCAGCUCACGCAGCAGCUCCUGUCCUCUAACCCUGACUUUGCCACUCUGUGGAACUACAGGAGAGAGAUCCUGCUGCACCUGGAGACUGUAAAAGAGGAGGAGGAAAUUCAGAAGCUGUAUGAGGCGGAGCUGCUCUUCAUUGAGUCCUGUUUGAAAAUGAACCCAAAGUCUUACGGCAGUUGGCACCACCGUGGCUGGGUGUCUUCCCGCCUUCCACAGCCGGACUGGACCAGAGAACUCAGCCUGUGCGACCGCUGCCUCAGCCUGGACGACCGAAACUUUCACUGUUGGGACUACCGCCGCUUGGUGGUCAAAUCCUCUGGUGUUCCUGUGGAUCAGGAGCUGCAAUUUACGGAUCGUCUGAUCGGCUCCAACUUCUCUAACUACUCCAGCUGGCACUACCGCAGCACACUGCUGCCUCUACUACACCCGGAACCCGGCUCUGAGCCCACGUCACCCUGCAGAAAACACACCAACACGCACACAUCCCCCACCGCCUCGCCUCAGACACACUCACACAGAGUCUGUGAGGAGCAGCUACUCAAGGAGUAUGAGCUGGUUCAGAACGCCUUCUUCACUGACCCAAAUGACCAGAGUGCCUGGUUCUACUACCGCUGGCUGCUGGGUAGAGCUGAGCGUGAGGAGUUGAUUAGCUGUGUGUAUGCGAGUCGGGAGGGGGAGAGAGUGGCCGUGGCUUUCUCCAAACCCGUCAACGCUCUGGCUGAGGGUCUGAUGUUGGUGUUAGAUGGUCAGCAGCAGCAGGUUGAGUGGAGGAGUGCUCAUCCUCGCUUCCGCCACAGUCCUGUCUGGCUGUGUGAACUUCCUCCUGGCUCUAUCAGCGACAUCAACAACGAGCACAACCUGACGGUGCACUGGAUGGAGAAGCACACACACAGAGACUGCGCUCUCUAUACAGGUCGGCUUGAGAGCUGGUGCCGGGACUCUGCCACAGACCAGGAGCUUUUCAGGAGUGAACUGUCUGUAGAGAAGACGUCGGUUCUGCAGUCUGAACUCCAGUCAUGUACUCAGCUCCUGGAACUGGAGCCUCAGAACAAAUGGUGUGUGUUGACUAUAAUCCUCCUGAUGAGAGCUCUGGAUCCUUUGGGUCACGAGAAAGAAACACUUGCUCAUUUUCAGACGCUGAAGGAGGUGGACCCCAUGCGCAGCUCCUACUACAGUGAUCUCUGCAGUAAGUUUAUGAUCGAGAACACUAUUCUGAAAAUGGAGUACGCAGAAGUGCGAGUCUUCAGUCUCUCUGACAAGAACCUGAGCACCCUUUGCCACCUGGAUCAGCUGCUAUUGGUCACUCAUAUCAAUCUGUCCUCCAAUCAGCUUGUGGCGCUGCCGACCCAGUUUGCCAUGCUGCACUGUCUCGAGGUUCUGGAGGCUGAUGAUAAUGCCAUAGAGAAUCUGGAGGGACUGUACCAUCUGCCCAAACUAGAAGAAGUGUCUUUGAAAAAUAAUCAAAUCUCAAAGCUCUCUGAUCUGGAGCCCCUGGCGUCCUGUCCCAAGCUCACCAGACUCGAUCUCCGUGGCAACCCGGUCACCAAAACUGCCAAUAUCCAGGCAGAACUAAUCCAGCUGCUGCCAUCAGUUACUGACCUCCUGCUUUGAUAGAAAUAAGGACAUCAGCAGUGUGUGUGUGUGUGUGUCUGGGUUUGUGUGUGUGCGUGUGUGUGUAAGAGAGAGAAAGAGAGAGAGAAAAAGAGGAUGUUUGUUCACUGUUUCUUCCUAAAGUGUAGACUCAUCAGUAAUAACACUGGUUUUAGUACUGUACACCCGCACUGGACUGAAAGAGACUUCAGAACAUCCUUCUGUAUGUAUGUAUGCAUGUAUGUACACUACAUGUCUAAGAGUUUGUGGACACCCAUUCUUCUUAUUUUUGGUUUCGGCUGCAUUAAGGUCACUACUGCUGACACAGGGGUUCAAUUGUGCACACACAUCUUGCAUAAUCUCCAUAGAAAAAGCACUGAGGAUAGAAUGGGACACUCUGGAGCAGCCUCACAUGAGCCAAAAGUCACCAAACCCAUUGCUGGGUGUGGGCUAGAAGGGUAUAAAGCCCCCCAGCGCUGGCCUGUGAAGCAGUAGAAGUGGUUUGAGUUGGAGUGGUCUUUGAGAUCCAGAACUGAUCACCCAACAUCAGUGUCUGACCUCAUCUGCUUUUGUGGCUUAAUGCAAUCCAGUCCUCACAGCAAUGUUCCAGCAUCUAGUGUAAAGCCUCCCCAGAACAGUGCAGGCUGUUACUGCAGCAAAGAGGGGCAAACUCUCUAUUAAUUCUCUUGAUUUCGGAAGAAACAUUGGAUGAACAGGUGUCCACACACUUUUGGCUGUAUAGUGUAUGUGUGUCUUAAAGUGUGUAAAUAUGUUUGUUUUAGUGUUUAAGUGUCAGAAAUCUAACUGCAUGCUGAUAUAAAGAGGAUUUAAAUGCA